AUGUAUAUUCAGCUGAAAGAAGAGGCGGGAAGAUUGGUAUUCAAAAGAUCAAGCUCGUUGGAACCACGGCAAAGUAACGGUACCGACUCUGAUAGUGGUGGAGGCGGAAGCGUAAAUUAUGUGGCAACUAUAAUCGUUGCGGUAGUAGUGAUAUUCCUCCUCACCUUGGGAACCCUAUUCUGGACCUAUUUGCGCCGAAAACGAGCAAGCGGUCAGGUACCAAAACUUUUGCCGGGUUUUAUGCGCAAGAGAUGGGACGCAUGGAAACCACGACAAAAGUAUGCAAGCGUCGGCGGUGGAAGCCGCUCAAGUCUAAACGCAAACACUUCAUACAAUGGAAAUGAGACCGAGGAGCGUGCGGCCACCCAGGCGGCAGCUGCCGGAGUGGACCGACAUACCAGUGUUCGCUCCGUGAUGACCCUUCCACCAUACUCACAAAGUGCUCAAGACUCUGAGCAAGUGCUUGGCCGCGAAGGUGAACGAGCAGGAAUGGACACAGUCGUGGAGUUUCCAGAAACACAAGACGAGGAGGAAGCUCGUCGAGAAGAGCAAAUGGAUUCAUUAUAUCAGAUUCGUUUACAACGACGCCGUGAAAUUGCGGAACGAGAACAACGCCGAACAGAACGUCGCGAAGCUCGUGAACGAGGCGAUUUCGCUCGCCUUGAAGAACUCCGCCGGGAAUCUCGGGCACGCGCCAACAAUCAAUCCUCCUCUUCCUUGAACGGUGGUCUAUCCGUCUCAGCCGCAACCAUGAUCGCCGAGCAUCAAUCCAGCAGCCGUGAACGACGAGUCUCAUCCGUUGCAUACGCCGAUGUUGGGCUAGCCCGACACGAUGGAACGCGUAUCCGCGCCAACAGCACUGAAUCUGAACGAGGCGGUUUGCUUGAACAUGCCGCGCCUAUGGGUGACGACAACAGCUCUCUACAUCCCUCAGUGAGCCGCCCUUCUCACCACCGCGAGCGCUCUGGCAGCUCUGCCCUCAGCAUCUCCACCAAUGCCUCCGAUAUCGAGCCUACGCCUCCCACCACAAGAGCCGGCUCAACAACCCAGCCUGUUCAGUCCGACAGCACUGACUCGUCAUCACCUACCGCAAAUCGCUUCACACCUGAUGAUUCGACCGAGGGCGAGGACAUUGGCGAGUCACGCAUCCCCCAAACAGCAUCGGAUCCGAGCUCACCACAGCCUCCCGAGUACGCCCCACCGGAAGAAUGGGGCGAGGCGCCGGCAUACACCGAGCGCAUGGCCUCUAUACGGAGAGCUGCCGCGCAACGCCAGGAUGCUGCUGGCGUUCAGCGGACGGGCAGCCAGAGGGCGUUUGAUGAAAUGGCGAGCUUGGGCCGGACGCCGAGCGGCCCGCCGCAAGUUCCGCAAUUGCAACUACCGAGCAUCAGUGUGGAGGCGGCCACAGCGGACAACAGUCCUCUGAGCCCCAGAGAAGGCGACGGUCAGCGGCGAAGCGCUAGUGGGAGUCGCAGCCGGAGAAGCCGCUAUGACAAUGAAGAGUUCAUGUCGUAA